AUGUUGAGUUCAGUGAAAGCGGGAAAGAGGAUAGUAUUUUUAAAUGAAUACUAUUUAUACGGUCGUGCGAGUUAUCAUUCUGGGAUAGGUGUGUUCGGGCAUCGACCGCAGACGGUGAAUGAAGUCGAGACUAUACCGCAAGACUUGGUGAGAAAAAGGUACGAGAACUGCCGUGCCCAACAACUAGUUAAUGCUUACCGUACACACGGACAUCUCAAGGCAACCAUAGACAACGUGGACUUUAGAAAUGCAAAGAAAGAGAUCGGUGAACUCCAUUUGGGAAGAUACGGUAUUUCAGAAGAAGAACAAGUGGAUCUUGGUUUGCUCUACGGGUUCAAUGGAAAUGAAUCUGCUAAGAAUCUGGUGGAACAAUUAGAGAAGAUUUAUUGCGGACCAAUAUCCUACGAAUUUUCAUAUUUGGAGAGCGAGUCGGAAAGAGAAUGGUUUGCCAAACGUAUUGAGAGCGAAGAAGACACCUUCGAUAAAGAGAGAAGAGUAGAGAUAGUCAAAGAAAUGCUUCACUCUCAGGCGUGGGAUAAAUUCUUGAGCGUGAAAUAUCCAACAGUGAAGAGAUAUUGCGGAGAAGGCGCAGAAUCUCUCCUUACAUUCUUCUCUACGUUAUUUAGACUGACUACGGCUGAGGGGGUCGAACACGUGAUUCUAGCGAUGGCUCACAGAGGCAAACUUAAUGCACUAACGGGAGUACUUAAAUGUCCUCCAGUGAAGAUCUUCAACAAAUUCAAUGGACAACCAGAGCUUCCCGCGGACGCCUACGGAACGUGUGAUAUUUCAACACAUCUAAGUGCUUCGGUGGAUAUUGCUGUGAAGGACAAAUCUGUUAGGUUUUCCCUGUUGAACAAUCCUUCUCAUUUAGAGGCAGCAAAUCCAGUGUCAAUGGGUAAAACGAGAGCUAAGCAAAUGCAGCUGAAGGAAGGUGACUAUUGUAAAGACGGAUCGUCACGAAUGGGAGACAAAGCAUUAAAUGUCCAGAUACAUGGAGACGCAGCUUUUACCGGUCAAGGAGUGAACCAGGAGACGUUAAUGUUGUCACAGGCACCUCAUUUCCACGUCGGUGGAUCACUUCACGUCGUUGUCAACAACCAGGUAGGAUUCACGUUGCCGGCAUUAAGGGGUCGCUCCUGUCGAUACGUCACUGAUUUGGCCAAGGCAAUAUCAGUUCCUGUGAUCCACGUGAACGGAGACUACCCUGAGCUAGUAGCAAAAGCGACGAACAUAGCAUUCGAAUAUCAGCGUAAGUUCAGAAAGGAUGUGUUCAUAGACUACAAUUGCUACAGAAGAUGGGGCCAUAAUGAAGUAGACGACCCCACGUUCACUAACCCUUUGCUCUACAAAGUUAUACAUAAUCGAAAGUCGAUCCCAGACUUGUACGCGGAACGGCUAGUGUCAGAAGGAGUCGUGACAUCAGAAGAAAUAACCAACAUCACGAAGGAUUACACAAACUAUUUGCAAAAGGAGUAUGAUACUGUGGUUUCAUACAAACCCGAGAUAUCAUAUUUCCAAGAACAAUGGUCAUCAAUGAGAUUAGCACCGAGGGCAGUAGAAACAUGGGACACCGGUGUUGAGACCAAUCUAUUAAAACUUGUUGGACAAGCGUCUGUUCAAACGCCCAAAAAUUUCAAUAUACACAGUCAUCUAGCUAAAACACAUAUAAAAAAUAGAUUAAAUAAAAUUUCCGCAGAGAAAGAUAUCGAUUGGGCUACAGCUGAAGCCUUUGCUUUUGGUUCUCUUCUGAUGGAAGGCCGACAUGUAAGACUCAGUGGAGAGGAUGUAGGCAGAGGAACAUUCUCCCAUCGUCAUGUAAUGCUAGUAGACCAAGAAACUGAGGAAAUAUAUGUGCCACUCAAUAAUAUACAUGAAGAUCAGAAAGGCUUCUUAGAGGUAGCAAAUUCUAUAUUAUCAGAGGAAGCGGUACUUGGAUUCGAAUACGGUAUGGCAUAUGAUACACCAGACCACCUGUUUCUAUGGGAAGCACAGUUUGGAGAUUUUUAUAAUGGAGCACAAAUCAUGGUUGACACCUUUAUCGCUUCUGGUGAAGCUAAAUGGGCUCGCAGCAAUGGCCUGGUGAUGCUUCUACCGCACGGAUAUGACGGAGCUGGUCCAGAACAUAGCUCCUGCAGGAUAGAGAGGUUUCUACAACUAACUGACAGCUCAGAGACAAGUCCAGACUCUGAAUCAGUGUGCUUACACGUCGUGAAUCCAACAACACCCGCACAGUAUUUCCACUUACUAAGAAGACAGGUGGCAAGAAACUACAGAAAACCUUUAGUAGUGGCAUCAGCAAAAGUUUUGUUGCGGAUGGCUGAAGCUGUCUCAUCGCUAGCUGACUUUGCACCUGGAACACAUUUCCAUCCCGUCAUAGGUGACAACAAAGCAGAUCCUCUGAAAGUGCGUAGAAUGAUCUUCGUGAGCGGGAAGCACUAUUACGAGCUGCACAAAGAGAGAGUAAGAGGGAAAAUCGAUGACGUCGCCAUUAUCAGACUGGAGGCUCUCAGUCCGUUCCCCUUGCACGGAUUGCAGGUGGAACUUGCUAAAUAUCCCAAUGCUAAAACCUUCAUAUGGAGUCAAGAAGAACAUAGAAACAUGGGAGCGUGGACGUUUGUGAGACCACGAUUUGAAAACCUCUUAGGAAAGAAAUUAAAAUACGCCGGUCGUCCUGAAUCAGCCAGUCCUGCUGUCGGCGCGGGAAUAUUGCACAGAGCUGAAGUGGAACACGUUAUUAAAGAACCCCUGUAUAAUAUCAAAUGA